AUGAACAUUAUUGAAGCCCAAGAUACUUUUGACUAUGCUGAGUAUUUGGUCCGUGGCGGGUUCCAGCCGCGCCUUCCGACUUCGCUGCCGCCCCCAGGGCAGCAGCAGCAGCCGUCGCCGCUACCGUGGCGACAGCCCGUCCCGUUGAUGCCUCCCGCGCAGCUUCAUCCGGGAGCGCCCCAGGUGGUCGCUCCGGCGCCUGCGGUCCCUCUUCAGUCGCCACCGCCUUCGGAGCUGAUGGACGUCGACCCCUCAGCCGGGCCGCCUUCCCAAGCGGUGGCUGUGCAGCCUGUCCUGCAGCCGCUUUCCUUGGGCACCCCCAAGGAGUCUGACACCGCAGCGCCUUGUCCGGCGCCCACUCGGCAGCCGUCGACGGAGCGUCAGGAGACGCUGCCUCUCUUCGUGGGUCCCGACGCCCCGUCGCGUCCAGUACCAGAAGCUGCGCCCGUGGUCACAGGCGUGCACCCUGACCUCGGUUUUCAGUCGGUGUUUCCCGAGGCCCCGCGCAGCCAAUGCUGGGGCGGGCGUGGGCGGCGCGCGGCGGACACCGCGCCGCACUCACUGGCCGGCGUUUUGAGCGCCGGCUGCGCCGCCCCCUGCAGCGGCCUGCAUUAUUCACCCGCCGCCCAGUCACCGCCGCCAUCACCUGAGCCCACCACCCGCCACUAG